UUGGGCCACAGAAACCGCCCCAGAGGCAAGAACGAGUCGUCCCCUCAGAGCCACCAAACUUUUCCUCGCUUACCUCCUCCCACCCACCUUGCGAGCCUCAAAUCUGUUGCCGGAUUUCGUCAAGCUUUCCCAUUCUCGCAAGUCACCGACAAGAAAUUUUCGAGAAAAUCAGACAAGAUGGUUCUCGCCGUUGAUCUUCUGAACCCUUCCCCGGCCGCCGAGGCCAAGAAGCACAAGCUCAAGACCCUUGUGCCCGCCCCUCGAUCCUUCUUCAUGGACGUCAAGUGCCCCGGUUGCUUCACCAUCACCACCGUCUUCUCUCACGCCCAGACCGUUGUCAUCUGCCAGGGAUGCACCACUGUCCUCUGCCAGCCUACCGGUGGUAAGGCUCGUCUGACUGAGGGCUGCUCUUUCCGAAGGAAGUAA